GUGUCUGAGUGACUGAGAGGAGUGAGAGGAGUUUCUGAGUGACUGAGAGGAGUGGGAGGAGUGUCUGAGUGACUGAGAGGAGUGGGAGGUGUGUCUGAGAGACUGAGCGGAGUAGGAGGAGUGUCUGAGUGACUGAGAAGAGUAGGAGGAAUGUCUGAGUGACUGAGAGGAGUGAGAGGAGUGUCUGAGUAACUGAGAGGAGUGUCUGAGUGACUGAGAGGAGUGGGAGGAGUGUUUGAGUGACUGAGAGGAGUGGGAGGGGUGUCUGAGUGACUGAGCGAUCAGAUCAGAUUGGUCAGAGAGAGACAGAAAGAGAGGCCUUGUUGUUCCAUAAACACCUAGCGCCCACUGUCAUGCCCAUGUCAACAACCCCAACCUGCCGCCGAUCACCCCGAGACCCAUCGCUGCUGUCGACAAGAGAGAGGCAGAUGGAAAUAAUCCAGCUCUGAGCUCAGACGUGGAAUAGGUGCAGAAGGAAGAGUAGGGACUCUGAGAUCUAGAACCAUCAGUAGUUACCAUGGAGAACUUUCUGAAGGAUAAGGAUAUUUGGAUAGUAGGGAGUGUGUGUCUGGUGGCCUCGUUCCUAUGGAGACGGAUCUGGAAUUUAUUCACCUACAAGAGGAAGAGGGAGAGGGACAGGGACACACCCUUUCCAGACAUGCAGCUGAAGGACAAUGGGAUGAGGGAUGGAAAGGACAAGGUCAAACUCAGCCUGCAAGGCCUGAAAGCCCAGAAGAAGAAGAAGAAGCCUCCACAUGCAUCGGACUCUGUAGAGACCCUUCUUCUAGACCAGGUGGAGAAGCUCAACAGGCAGAAUGCUGAACUUUCCCAUGGUAACGGGGUGGUUCUGGACAUGCUCCGCGCCCCCGUCGUCCAACCAGAGGACCUGGAGGAUCUAGAGGGGGAGGAGGAGGAGAAGAGGAGAACCCCUGAACGGGAGGAAGAGCAGAGGGCUAGGGAGGAAGAGGAGGGGGAUAUAUUUGGUGAAUCUGAGGAAGAGGAGGGUAGGGAGGAACAAGUUGGAGAGGAAGAGGUGGAGAAGAGAAGGGGAGGAGGGGAAGAAGAGUCAUCAUUGUCACCAGAACCUCUAGAAAGCUCCGAAGAGUUAGGUGAAGUGGCCGCCAGCAGUAAAAACUGUGUCACAGAGGAGGACCUACUGAAAGAUGACCUGAAAAAUAGCAGAAUGGAGGAAAGGAAAGAGGAGGAUAAAGAGGGAGGAGUACCUGAGGGGGUAGAGCCUCAGGCUGGCCAAUCAAAGGCAGAGAAGACGAAGGAGGAAGAAGAGGUGGAUGAUGGACAGCCAGAAGAGUACAUCAUUGACUUUACCCCUCCGCCAGCAGCCCCCUUUGACCACCGCAUUGUGACUCCAAAACCUCACCAGAUUGCUACCUUCUACGCCAUUAACAGAGACGAGGUCCUAGGAGGGGGACGUUUUGGACAAGUCCACAAAUGUGUGGAGAACUCUUCUGGACUGACUCUGGCUGCCAAGAUGAUCAAAGCCAGGAGCCAGAAAGAAAAGGAUGUGGUGAAGAAUGAGAUCCAGGUGAUGAACCAGCUGAACCACGCUAACCUUAUUCAGCUCUACGCCGCCUUCGAAUCACGCCACGACAUCAUCCUCGUCAUGGAAUAUGUGGAUGGCGGGGAGCUGUUCGACCGGAUCAUAGAUGAGAACUACAAUCUGACAGAGCUGGACACAGUGCUGUUUAUCAGACAAAUCUGUGAGGGACUACAGUACAUGCACAGGAUGUACAUCCUGCAUCUAGACCUCAAGCCCGAGAAUAUUCUGUGUGUGAGCAGAGCCACAAACAAGAUCAAAAUUAUUGACUUCGGGCUCGCCAGGAGGUAUAAGCCCAGGGAAAAGCUGAGGGUGAACUUCGGAACGCCUGAGUUCCUGGCUCCGGAAGUCAUCAACUAUGAGUUUGUCUCAUUCCCUACGGAUAUGUGGAGUCUGGGGGUCAUCACUUACAUGCUGCUGACAGGUCUGUCUCCGUUCCUGGGGGACGAUGACAAUGAGACUCUGAACAACAUCCUGGCCUGUCAGUGGAACUUUGAGGAGGAGGCGUUUACAGACAUCUCUGAGGAGGCCAAAGACUUCAUCACACGCCUGCUGGUCAAGAGCAAGAGUUGGAGGAUGAGUGCAUCACAGUCACUAAAACAUUCCUGGCUGUCGGAUCACAAUCUUCACUAUCGCCUGCAUCAGAAGUCUCCCAUCCAAAACGAGUGUCCCCUCCAAAAUGACUCCCAAGACCCUGUGGAUACCUUAUGAUGACACGGGUCGGUGCCUUUUGAUGACACUGAGGCCAGGGACAGGGCUCAACACUGGACCAACACUGCCGUACCUCUAUGGCUACUGUAUUACUGCUCUCUACUCUGCCUCGCAUCUGUUAGCUUAGCUCUGCAGCUUGUGCAACUGAUUUAAAAACGUACCGUAAACUCACUCCACAGCUAGCUUGAAAUGUCGCUGAUAGAGCUAUCGAGUUAGAUAGCUCAAACGGUUUGUACGUUGUCAAGGAAAGAGGUCACUAUAAAAUGCACUUUAAUGUAUCACUAUCAAAUGCAAACAUAACCACUUUUUUGAACGAUCAUAUUUCUUACAUUUUCAGCUUACUGUAGAUUUCAAAUAACUCAACACAGGCCUAGUUUACCAAGUCUUAUCAUACCAUUGCAUUGUAUUUGUUUGUUGGGUUUUGAUUUAAAAUAAAGCUUUGGGUGCAAUUUAUUUUCCUGGUAUUGUAAAAGUUUAGUUUCUAUAGAGUUAGGAAUUCAUUUUUACACACCUUUCUCCUUGGUUUGCCCCAUCAAACUUUUAAUAGAUCACAUUCAUUAAAAUAAAUCAAUCAUUAUCAAUCCAGGUCAACAUAAACUUGUCGAUAUUAGACAUAAAUCCUCACUAUUAACCCCUGCUGCUCUGCCCGUUGCUACUGACUUUAAUUUCUCCUGGAGCCACUGCUGUGAAUAUACUGUAAAACUGCCUCUUCUGUGCCUGCAUGCUGUUGGCUUGACCUCAACCUUUACCUUUCUUUGCUUUCGCCCUUUAGAUUAACCCUCUCACCUUCCAUGAAGGCAUAUUACUGAUCAACAAAACACUACCUAUAUGAUUUCAUAAUUCAUGUUUAUCGCUGAAGUUAGUAGCCUAAGUGCCAGUCUGUUUGUGUUGUCAUGACAACUCCUUGUCACUCCUUGUCAUGACAUAUAUUUGUACUACCCUUCCGACUGGGCACACAAUGAAAUGAUGUUGACCCAACGUGGAAUAGACGUUGAAUUUACGUCUGUGCCCAGUGGGUUGUGUUUGGAGGGUAGCUGUGAGGGUUAUUGAAUUAGGGUCAAAUCCAGAAGAUUUGAUCCUGAUAUCUGAUUGCUGGGAGGCCAGACUGUUUGGCUUGACAAUGAGCAAUGGAGUUCGCAUGAGCUACAACAGAUCUGAGACCAGUCUAUGGAGUUACAGUGGGGCAAAAAAGUAUUUAGUCAGCCACCAAUUGUGCAAGUUCUCCCACUUAAAAAGAUGAGAGAGGCCUGUCAUUUUCAUCACAGGUACACUUCAACUAUGACAGACAAAAUGAGGGGGAAAAAUCCAGAAAAUCACAUUGUAGGAUUUUUUAUGAAUUUAUUUGCAAAUUAUGGUGGAAAAUAAGUAUUUGGUCACCUACAAACAAGCAAGAUUUCUGUCUCUCACAGACCUGUAACUUCUUCUUUAAGAGGCUCCUCUGUCCUCCACUCGUUACCUGUAUUAAUGGCACCUGUUUGAACUUGUUAUCAGUAUAAAAGACACCUGUCCACAACCUCAAACAGUCACACUCCAAACUCCACUAUGGCCAAGACCAAAGAGCUGUCAAAGGACACCAGAAACAAAAUUGUAGACCUGCACCAGGCUGUGAAGACUGAAUCUGCAAUAGGUAAGCAGCUUGGUUUGAAGAAAUCAACUGUGGGAGCAAUUAUUAGGCAAUGGAAGACAUACAAGACCACUGAUAAUCUCCCUCGAUCUGGGGCUCCACGCAAGAUCUCACCCCGUGGGGUCAAAAUGAUCACAAGAACGGUGAGCAAAAAUCCCAGAACCACACGGGGGGACCUAGUGAAUGACCUGCAGAGAGCUGGGACCAAAGUAACAAAGCCUACCAUCAGUAACACACUACGCCGCCAGGGACUCAAAUCCUGCAGUGCCAGACGUGUCCCCCUGCUUAAGCCAGUACAUGUCCAGGCCCGUCUGAAGUUUGCUAGAGAGCAUUUGGAUGAUCCAGAAGAAGAUUGGGAGAAUGUCAUAUGGUCAGAUGAAACCAAAAUGGAACUUUGGUAAAAACUCAACUCGCUGUGUUUGGAGGACAAAGAAUGCUGAGUUGCAUCCAAAGAACACCAUACCUACUGUGAAGCAUGGGGGUGGAAACAUCAUGCUUUGGGGCUGUCUUUCUGCAAAGGGACCAGGACGACUGAUCCGUGUAAAGGAAAGAAUGAAUGGAGCCAUGUAUCGUGAGAUUGAGUGAAAACCUCCUUCCAUCAGCAAGGGCAUUGGAGAUGAAACGUGGCUGGGUCUUUCAGCAUGACAAUGAUCCCAAACACACCGCCCGGGCAAUGAAGGAGUGGCUUCGUAAGGAGCAUUUCAAGGUCCUGGAGUGGCCUAGCCAGUCUCCAGAUCUCAACCCCAUAGAAAAUCUUUGGAGGGAGUUGAAAGUCCGUGUUGCCCAGCAACAGCCCCAAAACAUCACUGCUCUAGAGGAGAUCUGCAUGGAGGAAUGAAGACUUGAAGACUUACAGAAAACGUUUGACCUCUGUCAUUGCCAACAAAGGGUAUAUAACAAAGUAUUGAGAUAAACUUUUGUUAUUGACCAAAUACUUAUUUUCCACCAUAAUUUGCAAAUAAAUUCAUUAAAAAUCCUACAAUGUGAUUUUCUGGAUUUUUUUUCUCAUUUUGUCUGUCAUAGUUGAAGUGUACCUAUGAUGAAAAUUACAGGCCUCUCUCAUCUUUUUAAGUGGGAGAACUUUUGGUGGCUGACUAAAUACUUUUUUGCCCCACUGUAGUUCUUAUGUUCAUGAAUUAUCUUGGUUCCUAACUGGAUUUUUACUUGAAAUGCAAGGCUUAGCCUCCAUAGGAAGGGUACAUAAUAUUAUUUUUAUCCAGGAGAGAAAAAAACACAUUCAAAAUUGUUUAUUUAAUUAAUUGUGUUUCAUUGUCUGAAUUUGAAGUGUUUGAUUAAUUGUAUUGUAGAUCUAAAGAAAAAAAGGUUUGUCUGUGUAAUAGAUUCACUAUUUUCAAACUGUGCACAGUGAGUUGAUUAUUACUUGGUCAGAUAUUGAGUUAUUGAUUGAAUGAUUUAAUAAUUGAUUGUCAGAUUUGCCCUCCCUGGAAUCAAUUGUUCUCCUUAUACCGUUGUGAUUUUGUGUCAUUUUUGUGUCAUUAUGAAACAUAAUUCUAGUUUGAAAUGUAUAAAAAUAAAUAUAGACAGAAAUAAAAACUGAAAUAACUUA